GUAGAGGAGACAAUCGAAAUGGAGGGAGAAGGAGGAGUGAUAAACAGGGAGACAGUGAGCGGCAGAUGGUGCGCCUCAGCGGUAGACGAGAAUAUGAAUGCCAAGAAGAUUAUAAGCUGUCCAGAAAUGAGUCCUGUAAUUGAGCAGCCACCACAAGUGACUUCCAUUGAACCCCAAGAAUACGUGGUGACAGUCGACAACAAGUUGUGUGUGUUCCCCUUCACCUGGAGCGGCGUCGUCUACAGCAACUGCACCACCGCCGGUCGACGCAUCCCGUGGUGUGCGACGCAGGUCAAUGAGAGAAGGGAGCCGGUGUCGAGUGGAUAUUGCAGAGACACGUUGGUGGGCCCCGUUCCGCCUGACCCUCCGCCGUUUGUGCCUGACGAGAGGGCGGUAAACACAAGCAAAUGCAAGUUCCCGUUCAUCUACAAAGGAAUGACGUAUUUCAAUUGCACGAGAGAGGACUCGCUGAUCCCCUGGUGCGCCCUGGAUGUGGAUCGCAACAGACGGCCGACGCGCAUAGGAUGUUGCCAUGGCCAAGAUGGUGUGUCUUUCCACCCCUUGCUGCCAGAGGGACCAGGAGGCAUCUCCCCGACGCAGCUCACAGUGAGCGGCGAGAAGUGCAUUUUCCCCUUCCAGCACGACGGGGAGUGGCGCUAUUCCUGCGUGCCGUCAGAGGAAUGGGGCAGCGAACAGGGCCAGGGCAAAGGGCGCUCUUGGUGUGUGACCCGCAUCGAUGCCUUCGCUCAACCCAUUGUCGCGGAUUACUGCGCCGAACCAACCACGCAAGCUCCGGUUUCUUUGAACAAAGCAUACCCAGAGCGCUGGACAACGGACGGGCACUUGUGUGUCUUCCCCUUUUGGCACCAAGGACGUUGGUACAAGGACUGCGCAAGGAAUGACUCCGAGGAGGACCCCGCGAGGAAUGACUCGGAGGAAGACCCCGCGAGGAAUGACUUCAAGGAGGACUCUGACGAGGACCCCGCGAGGAAUGACUCCGAGGAGGACUCUGACGAGGACUCUGACGAGUAUCCUCUGAGGAAUGAUUCGGACGAAGAACCCCCGUGGAAUGACUCAGAGGAAAACCCCGCGAGGAAUGACUCCAAGGAGGACCCCUGGUGCGCUACGGAGGUCCGGGCAGACGGCGCUGUCCUGAAGGCCGGGAAAUGCCGUCAGGGUAACACAAUCAUUGAGCAGAAAUGCGGCGACAACGUGGUGACGGAGACCGGAGUCCCGUGCGUGUUCCCGUUCGUGUACCGCGGCCAAAGGUACUGCCAGUGCACCUCCGUCGACGACAAGGUCCCGUGGUGCGCCACCCGAGUCGACGAGGGGCGCCGCGUCAUCGCAGGAGCCUACUGCACGGAGAACAGAACUCAAGAAGACGUUGCUUUAGCCGGAGAACCAGCGCAUACGGUGGACGGGUCGAAGUGCGUGUUCCCGUUUUACUUCCAUGGCAAAAGGUACAGCGAGUGCCAGCCCGUCGAGAGAGCCAAGCCGUGGUGCCCCGUCAUGGUGAACGCGAGACUGGAGCCCCUGCAGAGCGGCUACUGUGACGACGGCACGAAGGACUUCCCUUGGAAAGCGCCGCCUGUUGUCCUGGGCCUGACCAUGACCGUGACCCUGGGGCCUUGCGUGUUCCCGUUCCGGUACAAGGGCGAGGUCCACAACCGCUGCAUGUGCAAGGACGCCCCCGCCUGCUGGUGUCCGACCUCGCUCAACAACAACCGCGAGCCAGCGGUGACCGACUACUGCAAGAGCCUGCUGGAGGGCCCCUCGCCUGAGGUGCCGCCGCCUGCCUUUGGAGCGGACGCCGCCACGACCGUGGAGGGGCGCCCGUGCGUCUUCCCGUUCCGCUUCGGCGGCGUCACCUACACGCGGUGCGCCGAGGCCUCCGGCGGGGCCCCCUGGUGCGCCACGCGGGUCGACGAGGCGCUGCAGCCCCUCGAGAAAGGACUCUGCAAGGUGACCGGCGCGGCAACCGCUGAGCCUUCAGUAGUCCCAUCGGAGAACAAUUAGCACAGAUCGCCCUUGACGUGGACGCAGGAAGCUUCUCGGAGGGCACCACGAGCUCUGCACUUCCUUGGGCAACCUGCAGGAUGCUAGCGUAGUAUAUAGAAAUAUUUAUAUACAUAUGUUAUGAUUUGAUUGUUUGAAUUCGUUGAUUGUGUUAAGUGAAUUAAGAAACUUGUAUUUAAUUUUGUACAAGUUGAUGAGAAGGUUGUGAUUUAUUUGAUGUGAUAGGAGUAGAUAAAGAGUGAUAACGGGACUUUUAAGAUUGUGAACGGAAUGCGUGUGACUAGGUGUGUUUAGGUCUGGCUUUGUUUUUCUCUCUCUCUCUCUCUUUGUCUUCUUUCUCUCUCUGUUCCCCAUAUCUCUCUCUCUCUCUCUC